AUGAUCACCAAGCUUUACUUUAAAAUACGCAAAAUAGGCUUGCUUGACAAAUGUGCUGAUGACUGCCCUUUGACUGGGAAUAGUGAAACUGCCACAGAUAUAACGAAAGGAAUCAGGACUUCCCUCUUUCUUCACGUUCUUCUUUCUUGCUCCAUUUCUUUAUUUACGUUCUUUCUUUCUUUUCUUUACGUUCCUCUUUGUUCCGGUUCCUUUUACGUCCCUCUUUGUUUACGUUCUUCUUUCUUUCUUUCUCUCUUUCUUUCUUUCUUUCUCUCUUUCUUUCUUUCUUUUCUUUCCUUCUUUCUUUCUUUUCUUUGUUUCCGUUUCUUUCUUUUUGUUUAUUUAUUUAUUUACGUUCCUCUUUCUUUGCGUAUCUUUUACGUCCCUUUUUACGUUCUUCUUUCAUUCUUUCUCUCUUUCUUUCGUUCUUUACGUUCUUUCUUGCUUGCUUGCUUUCUUUCUUUUUUUCUUUCUUUACAUUCCUCUUUCUUUCCGUUUCUCUUUCUUUCCGUUCUUUUGACGCUCCUCUUUCUUGGCGUACUUCUUUCUUUCUUUCUUUCUUUCUUGCUUUCUUUCUUUCUUUCUUUCUCUCUCUCUCUCUCUCUCUCUCUCUCUCUCUCUCUCUAA